CGAGUCGCUCAUAAUGGCAUUUUGCAUGAGAAUAUCCUACAUGAUAAGAGAUAUAACAUUUCUAGGGCACUGGUGCCUAGGUUUAGAGGUAUAAUAUGUAUACGUAAGAAAUAUCGUAUGCAGUACAACUGCUUUGUCGUACCGGUCGGCCAGUGUCCUCUAAGCGAGGAAUACUAUUUUAUCCUAACGCCACGAUACUGAUGUUCACCGCUUCUCUCAUUUGUCUGUAUUUAUCCAAGCCAUUUCUCCUUCUAUUAAAGCAGAGAAAUCAAAGCCAAGCAUCCAAGCCAAGCAUCAAGGCCAAGCACAAGAAUUUCCAACCCACCUCAUCAACAAGUCUACACGAUGUCGUCAUCUACUCACCAGGCACUCCACAGCGCGCAAAGCGCACUGGUCUCCAGCGAUCCAUUACCUGUGAAGACUGAGGAGAUUACAGCGGAAUGGUGCUCCAAGAUCACAGGACAAAAAGUCAAAUCUGUUACAAUUGUGAAGGAAAUCCACUCGACAUCAAGCAAAAUCCUUAUCGACCUAACUUACGAAGAUGAUGUAAACACUGCCGAGGUACCGACUCAGGCUUGUGUCAAGGGAGGCUUCAACACCGCUCUGAUAGCUCUUCACCCUGGCCUGGCCUGGACAUAUCGCCGAGAGGCUGAGUUUUAUUACUAUCUCCGCCCUAUCCUCAGCAUGAACCUACCGAAAGUCUGGUACAGUGGUACCAACCAAGUUAGUGGUCAGGGCCUUGUCGUUAUGUCUAACUUGGCCGCCGAAGGCUGUGACUUUGGCGAGCCAUUGAAACCAUGGCCGGCUGACAGAGUCCGAGCUGGGGUCGAGCAGCUCGCAGCACUACACUCAGAAACAUGGGGUGUUUCCGAGGAGCGAUUUCCCUGGCUUUCCGGGGACAAAGCUAUUGGUGGGAGUCCACUUCAGGGAAUGAUUCUCUCCUUGAUUAGCCCACCAGCAUGGGAUUUACGAUUCAAUGCUUCUGCGCCACCACCCUUGCCCAAGGCUGUGGCGAAUCGGGAGCGAUUGGAGAGAGCCUUCAAGACAAUGUGGGCAACAGAAAACCCCAAGCUAAAAUGCAUUAUCCAUGGCGACGCACACAUCGGAAAUACUUUCAUUAGGCCUGAUGGCCAACCUGGAUUCAUCGAUUGGCAGGCGCCUUACGCAGGUGUCAACUUACAUGAUGUGUCGUACUUCAUUACUGGCGUCAUGACUAUCGAAGAGCGUAGAAAGCAUGAGACCGACCUAAUCAAACACUAUCUAAAGGUACUUCACGAAGGAGGUGGCCCCAAGUUCGAUCUAGAAGAUAUAUGGGAUGACUACAGGAAGCACACGUUGCAUGGGUUAGCAUGGGCACUCACAGCGCCAGGGAUGCAGCCGGACGAAAAUGUUUUCGCUAUGACGGAGCGUCACUCGGCAGCAGUGGAAGAUCACAAAACAUUGGAGUUGUUGGAGUCACUCCCUGAGUAUGUAAAAGAGUAGUCUAGAUUCUUUCACCGACUUUCUACCAGCAAGCGUUUUGAAUGUAACUACUGGGGGUUGCCAUAGCUUAGAUACCUAAUCGAAUGUUGACAUGAGAUCUUUCAGCCUUAAUUCGUCCAAGUUCCAGCAGACGCUCAAGUACCUAUGUGAGGAGGUAGCUUUCUUUGUCGCACAUUUAGUUACUAGUAGAAAUAAUCCAGG